GAAAAUACAUUACGUAGGAAAUUCAGCUGCAAUGAGUGUCAGAUACAUUUUAGUAAUGAGAGAUUUUCAUAAACACCAGAGAACCCACAAAAGAGAGAAACUUUUUCCUUGUUCUGAAUGUGGAAAAUGUUUCUCAAGAAAAUUUUAUCGUGAUUGUCAUCAAAGGACUCACACAGGGGAGAAACCAUUUUCAUGUUCUGAAUGUGGGAAAUGUUUCUCAAGCAAAUAUUAUCGGGAUUAUCAUCAAACGACUCACACAGGGGAGAAUCCAUUUUCAUGUUCUGAAUGUGGGAAAUGUUUUUCACAGCAAUCCCGUCUUAAAAUUCAUUAUAGAACCCACACAGGGGAGAAACCAUUUUCUUGUGUUGAAUGUGGGAAAUGUUUUUCAGAGCAAUUCCGUCUUAAAAUUCAUUAUAGAACCCACACAGGGGAGAAACCAUUUUCUUGUGUAGAAUGUGGAAAAUGUUUUUUAAGAAAAUCUCAUUUACAUAGUCAUCAAAUGACUCACAAAGGGGAGAAACCAUUUUCAUGUUCUGAAUGUGGGAAAUGUUUUUUAACAAAAUCUACUCUGAAAAUUCAUAAUAGAACCCACACAGGGGAGAAGCCAUUUUCAUGUUCUAAAUGUGGGAAAUCUUUUUCAACACAAUCCAACCUUAAAAUUCAUUAUAGAACCCACACAGGGGAGAAACCAUUUUCAUGUUCUGAAUGUGGGAAAUGUUUUUUUGACCAAUUCAACCUGAAAAUUCAUUAUAGAACCCACACAGGGGAGAAACCAUUUUCUUGUUCUGAAUGUGGGAAAUGUUUUUCACGGCAAUCCCAACUUAAAAUUCAUUAUAGAACCCACACAGGGGAGAAACCAUUUUCAUGUUCUGAAUGUGGGAAAUGUUUUUUUGACCAAUUCAACCUGAAAAUUCAUUAUAGAACCCACACAGGGGAGAAACCAUUUUCUUGUUCCGAAUGUGGGAAAUGUUUUUUAAGAAAAUCUAAUCUAGAUCGUCAUGAAAGGACUCACACAGGGGAGAAGCCAUUUUCUUGUUCUCAAUGUGGGAAAUGUUUCUCAAGAAAAUUUUAUCGUGAUUGUCAUCAAAGGACUCACACAGGGGAGAAACCAUUUUCUUGCUCUGAAUGUGGAAAAUGUUUCUCAAGAAAAUCUUAUCUUGAUUAUCAUCAAAGGACCCACAUAAAGGAGAAACUAUUUUCUUGUUCUGAAUGUGGAAAAUGUUUUUCAAAGGAAUCUAACCUGACAAUUCAUUAUAGAACCCACACAGGGGAGAAACCAUUUUCAUGUUCUGAAUGUGGGAAAUGUUUUUCAGAGCAAUCCCGUCUUAAAAUUCAUUAUAGAACCCACACAGGGGAGAAACCAUUUUCUUGUGUUGAAUGUGGGAAAUGUUUUUCAGACCGAUCCCAUCUUAAAAUUCACCGUAGAAUCCACACUGGGGAGAAACCAUUUUCAUGUUCUGAAUGUGGGAAAUGUUUUUUAAGGAAAUAUCAUCUACAUAGUCAUGAAAGGACUCACAAACGGGAGAAAACAUUUUCAUGUUCUGAAUGUGGGAAAUGUUUUUCACAGCAAUCCCGUCUUAAAAUUCAUUAUAGAACCCACACAGGGGAGAAACCAUUUUCUUGUGUUGAAUGUGGCAAAUGUUUUUCAGACCAAUCCCAACUUAAAAUUCAUCAUAGAACCCACACAGGGGAGAAACCAUUUUCAUGUUCUGAAUGUGGGAAAUGUUUUUCAGAGCAAUCCCAACUUAAAAUUCAUCAUAGAACCCACACAGGGGAGAAACCAUUUUCAUGUUCUGAAUGUGGGAAAUGUUUUUCAGAGCAAUCCCGCCUUAAAAUUCAUUAUAGAAUCCAUACAGGGGAGAAACCAUUUUCAUGUUCUGAAUGUGGGAAAUGUUUUUCAGAGCAAUCACAACUUAAAAUUCAUUAUAGAACCCACACAGGGGAGAAACCCUUUUCUUGUGUAGAAUGUGGGAAAUGUUUUUCAACCCGAACUGAGCGUAAUUAUCAUCAAAGGACUCACACAGGGGUGAAACCACAUUCUUGUCCCGAAUGUGGGAAAUGUUUCUUAAAAAAAUCACUGCUUAAAAAGCAUCAAAGAACCCACACAGGGGAGAAAUCAUUUCCAUGUUCUAAAUGUGGGGAAUGUUUUUCAAAGCAAUACCACCUUAAAAUUCAUAAUAGAACCCACAAAGGGGAGAAACCAUUUUCAUGUUCUGAAUGUGGGAAAUGUUUUUCAAAUCAAUCUACUCUGAAAAUUCAUAAUAGAACCCACACAGAGGAGAAACCAUUUUCUUGUUCUGAAUGUGGGAAAUGUUUUUCAAGAAAAUCUCAACUACAUUUUCAUAAAAGGACUCACACAGGGGAGAAGCCAUUUUCUUAUUCUAAAUGAGGAAAAAUGAUUCGCAUUGAACAGUAGUCUAAAAAUACUUUUACGAUGAGGAAAAUAAGGGCAGUGAUUGGCUAUUUGGUAUCCCCAUGGGGCCUGCUAGCCUGCAGGAGGCUCUGCUUGGAGGAAAACCGUUUCUGUGCUUCCAAAAAUUGUCUCCAAACCAGAAAUGUAAAAAUGGGCAACUACUUUGAGGCCACUGGGAGCAUCAUCAAUGGGGGUGGGGAGUAACAUGUUGCCCCUGAGCCACUGGUUGGGGAUCACUGUCUUACUGGGUAAAUAUAAAGCCUAUAACAUCAUCUUGUCAUUAUUAACCCAAUGUCA